AUGGAUUCUGAAUGUCAACAACGUGUCCUACCUAUUGCUUCAAAUAGACGAUGUCGUGAAUUGGAUGUUGACCAUGAACGGGACGAGGGCGUGGGUGAGAACGAGGAACGAUGGCUCCUAAAGUGUCAUAAUCACUCUUCGAAGAUCCUUGCAUGGCCAUGGUGGUCAGUAGACAACAACACCAGAUUCAAAGCCAUUAUUGAGCAGUCUAGGCUACUGCAGUUAGCUCGUUACACUUAUCGGUUCGUCAACAAGCUUCUAAUCUCCAGUUUUGUUGAGAGAUGGCAACCUGAGACGAACACAUUUCAUAUGACAGUUGGUGAGAUGACCUUGACCUUGGAUGAUGUUGGCAUUAUUCUUAGCCUUCCCAUUGUUGGCAGAUCAGUUAGCGUGCUAGAUGUGAUAGAUCAUCAUGGAGUUACACUACUGGUUUAUGGCUUGGGGAUUACUGAACGUGUAGCACAUGACGAGGUUUCUACUGCUGGUGGGAAUUCAGUCAGGCUUGAGUGGUUACGAAGUCAGUUUGCUGGUGUCACAGAUUUAGACCCAGAUGAGGCUAUACAGUGCGCUGUUAGAGCUUAUUUGUUAUUUCUGUUGGGAUGUACACUCUUCAAUGACAAGAGUGGCGGUAGGGUUCCUGUUGUUUACCUUGGUUUUUUGAUGGAUUUGGGAUCCAUUCAUACUUACGCCUAG